UGGACUGCUGGAAAAGGGACAUUGUUGAGAAAUACGUAUGCGGUGGGUUGACGGCCGUUCGACUGAGACGAGGCGAGCCGUGGACCAGAAUCGCCGUGCACGUCUGAUCCGUGGAUCAGGUUGUUGCCUUUUUCGGUUGGUGGGAUCUGGGGGAAAUGAAUGCACCGUCUUCUCGGCCUAUUGCAGGUUGGGGACUGGAGUCGUCGAGAGAAGGCGAGCCGGCGACGAGCCGGAGACAGACCAUGGAGUUCUUGAUGCAGUCCAUACGUGGAUCCACUUUCCUGGAGGAGGUAGGCGAGAGUAUGGUGCCACCUCCUGUGCCGGAGCAGCAACUGCCGGAUCAGGGUGUGGUGGAGCAGGCACCGGCGAUGAGAUAUGGACUGGUGGCGGAGCAUGGUGCGGGCGAGCUGGCACCGACAAUGAGAGAUGGACUGGUGGCGGAGCAGGGUGCGGGGGAGCUGGCACCGGCGGAUGGCAGCGCGGACGCCCAGAUCUUGGCGGUCGCUGACACGGUGGCGGAAAGGAGGGAGAGCUCUCCCCCGGCUUUGGAACUGUCAACCGGAAAGAUGAAUCCCCGAGCCCCUGGGUGGAACAAAAGGUUAGUGAUGUACUUGAUUAUGCAUUCAAUUUGGAGCAGGAUAAAAUGAGCCAUAGUUUUUCUCAAUUAGUGUAUGGAUUAUUACAGAAUAGGAAGGACAAAUCAUAUUUUUGCAGGAUUUAAAAAAUUCAGGGCGAGUUUACGGAAUCAAACUAUGUUCAAGAUUUCCAGAAAAAUUCAAGUAUUCAAAACAAAUGUUUGUGAAUUUGAGUAUUGUUCACAAAUUCGGAAAUGUUCUCGCAUUAAAAAUUUGUUCGCAGCAAAUUCAAAAAAUGUUCACAUAUUAGGAAGAGAGAGCAAAGCCCCCCUCCCCCCUCCCCCGCCCCGAUAGGGCGAAAUGGGGAGCGAUCUCGUGUCGUCGCCCCUUAGCCUUCCCCGCUUCCCUUUCCUUCCUCGCCGCCGCAAGAGGCUGGCACCGGGCAAGCCCAGGACACAAUUAAGGAAGGGGUCAGCGGGGAGCUUGUUGUCGCGCUCGGUGGUGGGCGCUUGGAUCAGAUCCGCCUGAUCCAUCCGGCCGUUUGAAGGAGCUCCGUGUGGGCCAGCGGGUGCGGCGAUCCGGGGUGAUCUCCUGGACCGGAUCCGUCCGAUCCUUCCGGCCGUUCGGAACACUGCGGGUGCCUGGCAGUCGGGUUCGCCCGCAGGUGCCUGAUUUGGAUCGGGACGCCUAGUAGCCUUCGUCACGUGCUCGGCAUGCCUCUCCAUGUGGAUCUGGGUCACAAGACUUGCUGAUCCUCGAUGCGGUUUAAGCUGGAGGUGGGGGUUCAUAUUGGGAGAAAUCCCUAGCCAGCCUUUCGGUCGCGGCAGCAGCGGACGCCCUAGGGCACCGUUUUCUUGUCUAUGGAGACGCUCGUCAGAUCUGCUUCUACUUCCACCACGUCGUUUGUGUCCCGGAUGAAAGCCUUAACCAUGGUGGGCAGCUACGGCGUCUUCGGCAUCGUUCCACCACACCAUUUUUUAAGGUGUCGGCUUGGGAGCUGUGUGGAUGGCGGACACUGUUGGGUUGGCGUUGGCGGCGAUCUGGAUCAGGAGAUGGUGCGGCAUCGUAUCUACUGCGUCGACGACAGCGGAUCUUGGCGACAUGGUGCAGUGGAGUCUUGACGGCGCAUGCAUCUUGAUGGACCAGCGCACAGUGGUGGUGCUCUCUGUCAUCGUGGUGACAUCGAUGGCAGUACGGCUAGCAAGGUGAAUGCGUUGAUCGCUCCUGCAGAUGGGAUGGCGGAAGAUGGCGGCGGCGGAUCCAGAGCAUGCACAUGCGGUGCGCGGUGCGGGUCGGCCGGUCUGUUCAAGAAAGGAUGGCGUGGCGGCGGCGGCAUCCUCGUGGUGGACCUGUGUCCUCGGGCUCCGCCGUUGCGACGGCGUUUGCUCCAGCGUCGGCGCGGAGCUUGGGAGAUAGUCCAGGAGCGGAUGCAGAUU